GAACUGGAGAAGAUAUAUAGAAGCAGCAGGAUGUUUUAUUCGCAGACCUUCUUAGCUCGGAAGCUAAUAAAACUCACAAUUUGUUUGUUCUUGGCCACUCGAAGUGAACUGGAGAAGAUGGAAGCAGCAGGAUGUUUUACUCGCAGACGUUCUUGGCUCGGAAGGGUCCCCUCGACAGCGUCUGGUGCGCUGCCCAUCAUCUGCAGCAGCACCAUCUCAAAAAGGCUUACUACACCUCCGCUGAUAUUCCUUCCACCGUCGAGCGCAUCAUGUACCCAGACAUCCCCAUUGCACUGAGGAUGUCAGACCACCUUCUAUUAGGUGUUGUACGGAUAUAUUACAAGAAGGUUGAUUAUCUCUUCCCUGACUGACAACAUAUCAUCCUUGUUGGUUUAAGUGAGGCCUUUCAUGCCAAAAAGGAGGCUGAUUUGCUGGAUAAUUAAGACCAAGCUCCAAUUCAUGCUAUUACUCUGUCUGAGAAAUUUUACCUUGAUGCUUUGGCACUUGAUGAUGAUGAUACAUACUACACUGAGGGGAGCCCAGAUAAUCAUCUCAGGAAUGAGGAAGAUAUCAGACUACCAGACCAAAUUCCUACUGGAGCAAAUCCUUAUAUUGCCAUAACUUUUGACAAGGAUAUGAUGGAUGUAUUGCAUUCAGAAGCAGCUCCCGAAUCAGGAGUCCAACUAAUGGAUGAGGAUGUCAUUCUUCAAUCUCUUAAUGGUGGUAAUGUCCGAAUUGAAGAACUGAGUGCAGCAGCAGCUUUUCAAGAUCCUGGUCCAACUAAUGAGACAGAACUGCCUGGCACAAGCAUGGCUUUUGGCGGCACAGGUCCAGGUGGCCAGACGAAAGUACGUAGACCAACUAUGGAUUUCUACAAGAGGCAUCCUGGCAAUGAGACAGAAGCACCUAAUAUCAUUCAUGAUGACAGUGUCACUCAAGAUUUUCCAGAAAUUGAAAUUAGGUGUGAUACAGUCCAUGAUAUUAGCAAUGGAUGCCUACCUCUAGGGCAUCCAGAUGAGAGAAAUGAUGCAAAUGAAACGAGAGUAUCUUUGGAACAUAUUUUGGAUGAUAGUGAGAUUCAUACUCCAAUUCUCAGGAGUAUGUCAAGUUCUGGAGGAGAGUCUGUACCAUUUCAUGAGCACUUUGGGCCACCAACUUCUGCUGCUUUUCAAGAGUCUCCUGGGAAUUUAUCUCGAAAUAAAUCACCUCAACUUGCCAUUCAACCCUCUCCAGCAGUACAUUGGCCAAGAAAGAGACAGAGAACACAGGGGAGCAUUCAUCUUAUGAGAAAAUGUUUUGGCUUGUUUGGCCUGUUCUUUUUGGGAAAUCCCAUGGAACUGUGAGUUUACAGUGGAUGUGGUGAUUUCUUUAUUUUCUGCUCUUUCUCGUGUUUUGUAAUGCAGGUCAGAAUAACAAAUGGGACUUCUUCUCUUUAUGCACUUUGCGGCUCAUGGUUGAGAAAUAGUUUUCCUGAGGAAAGCCAGGUUUGUAUCGUUAUU